CCACCGAACAUUAUUGAAUUUAGUUUGGAUAACUCAUAAAAACGAUAAUAUAAAAGCCGGUACUUUUUUAACUGUAUAACCGCGCCCUUCAAAUCAUCAACAACUUGUCUCUGCUCUUCGUGCUCAACGUUUGCUGCCGCCGCCAUGCAAGUCUUUGUCAAAACGCUCACAGGGAAGACGAUCACCUUGGACGUCGAGCAGUCGGACACCAUCGAAAAUGUCAAGGCCAAGAUCCAGGAGAAGGAGGGGAUCCCCCCAGAGCAGCAACGUCUCAUCUUCGCAGGGAAGCAAUUGGAGGAUGGUCGUACGUUAGCCGACUACAAUAUUCAGAAGGAAUCUACUCUGCAUUUGGUGCUUCGUCUACGCGGUGGGCUGAAGAUCAUGGUUGUGGGUACUGGCCACUUCACCUGCAUGAAUGAUGGCCGAAUCCAGGACAUGGAGCUCAAAGGGGAAAAGUUCAGCGUGGAGGUCGGCGAGAGCGACACCGUGGCAGGUCUGAAGGAUAAGAUCAAGAAGGUGAAGAAGAUGCCUCCCGCGCAGCAAAUUCUGACACAUCAGAAGCAGGUGCUGGCUAAUGACAAGAAGAAUGGCUCGGAGCUGCAACUCACCUCUACACUGGACAACGACGAAGACGUGUUGGCUACGGGAGACGAAGACUAGGUGC